CAAUGAAGUACUACCCAGUGUUAAUUGUCCUCCUGUUAUCUAGCCCUUUUAUCCCAAAGUGAGGGAAUUGAUGAGGAUAGGUGCAUUGUGUUAUGUCUGAUCACAGUUUGACUAGCACAGUCUGGAAGUGGGUUGUACAGGAUGAGAGCAGCAGCUUAAUUGCUCUCCCUGCAUCAGCAGCAUCUAUAAAGCAUCCUGGGAAUUGCUCGCCCUACGUUCAGAGCAGCUGGUCACAUGAGCCUGGAUUUUCAGUUCAGUUCAUUAGUCAGCCAUUUUGGUCAACACCCUGCUUACUGCGCACAACCAAUCCUAUUAGAACUCAGCAUCCCGGCUCAUCUGAGCAGAUCCUGGAAGUGAUUUCUGCAGUUCAGGAUAUUUUUUAAGCUAAAUUGAAAAUAUUGGUUUAUUUUUUGGGAUUUUUGGGGGGUAUUUUUUUCCUGCACAAAGGAGGAUUUUUCACUUAUUCAUUCAGAGACCAGUUUUUUAAAGCCAGCUAAGGUAGCAUCGGCUGUGCAACGUUUAAAGCCUAUAGCCCAGCUGAAAAAGGAGGGGGCAGGGAAGAGAAGAUAAAAGAACAGAAGCUAGAGAAAACAGGCAUCAUUUUAUUUUGCUAUGUGGUAGGAACUGUCUAUGAGAAAAGAUAGUAGAGGAUUGCUUGUCUUGAACAGUUGGUUCUUAAACCGUAAGGUAUUUUUCCUUGUGUUUUGUUUUAAUCUCCCCCACCCCUUUUCCUGAGAGCUUUGUUUCAGAGCUUUGGAUUUGGGGUUUUGGGGUAAGGAGGUUUUAUUUAUUUUUGUUGGGGUGAGUGUGUGUGUGUUUGUGUGUGUGUGUUGUGGUCCCAGCUGAGUCAUCAUGUCUGCUCUGACGCCUCCAACUGAUAUGCCAACCCCCACCACUGACAAGAUCACACAGGCUGCCAUGGAGACCAUCUACCUUUGCAAAUUCCGAGUGUCUAUGGAUGGAGAAUGGCUCUGCCUGCGAGAGCUGGAUGACAUCUCACUUACACCUGACCCAGAGCCUACCCAUGAAGACUCUUGGGAGGAUUUGACAGAUUUGGUGGAGCAAAUGCGCGAUGAUACAGAAGAUCCUAAUUAUCUCAUGGCUAACGAACGCAUGAACCUGAUGAACAUGGCCAAGCUGAGUAUCAAGGGCUUGAUUGAAUCAGCUUUGAACCUGGGAAGAACUCUGGACUCAGACUAUGCACCCCUCCAGCAGUUCUUCGUGGUGAUGGAACAUUGCCUGAAACACGGCUUGAAGGCUAAGAAAACUUUUCUUGGACAAAAUAAAUCCUUCUGGGGGCCUCUAGAACUGGUAGAAAAGCUUGUUCCAGAAGCUGCAGAGAUAACAGCAAGUGUUAAAGAUCUUCCAGGACUUAAGACACCAGUAGGCAGAGGAAGAGCCUGGCUUCGUUUGGCAUUAAUGCAAAAGAAACUCUCAGAAUACAUGAAAGCUUUGAUCAAUAAGAAGGAACUUCUCAGCGAAUUCUAUGAACCCAACGCCCUCAUGAUGGAAGAAGAAGGAGCCAUAAUUGCUGGUCUCUUGGUGGGUCUCAACGUCAUUGAUGCCAAUUUCUGUAUGAAAGGAGAAGACUUGGACUCUCAGGUUGGAGUUAUAGAUUUUUCAAUGUAUCUCAAGGAUGGGAACAGCAGUAAAGGUAGUGAAGGAGAUGGCCAAAUUACUGCAAUUCUGGAUCAGAAGAACUAUGUAGAGGAACUCAACAGACAUCUAAAUGCGACUGUAAACAACCUUCAGGCAAAAGUGGAUGCAUUAGAAAAAUCCAACACUAAACUGACAGAGGAGCUUGCAGUUGCAAACAACAGGAUUAUUACCUUGCAAGAAGAAAUGGAACGAGUUAAGGAGGAAAGCUCCUACAUAUUGGAAUCCAAUCGGAAGGGUCCUAAGCAGGACAGAACUUCAGAUGGGCAAGCACUGAGUGAAGCCAGAAAGCAUUUAAAGGAGGAGACACAGUUGCGACUGGAUGUUGAAAAAGAACUGGAGAUCCAGAUCAGCAUGCGACAGGAGAUGGAAUUGGCUAUGAAGAUGCUGGAGAAGGAUGUCUGUGAGAAGCAGGACGCCCUGGUGUCUCUGCGACAGCAGCUGGAUGAUCUCAGGGCUCUCAAGCAUGAACUUGCCUUUAAGCUGCAGAGUUCAGACUUAGGAGUGAAACAGAAAAGUGAAUUAAACAGUCGCUUGGAAGAGAAGACUAAUCAGAUGGCUGCUACCAUCAAACAACUCGAACAAAGAUUGCGCCAGGCUGAGCGAGACCGCCAGUCUGCUGAGUUGGACAACCGGCUGUUCAAGCAGGACUUCGGAGACAAGAUAAACAGUCUGCAGCUGGAAGUGGAGGAGCUCACCAGGCAGCGGCACCAGCUUGAGUUAGAGCUAAAACAGGAAAGAGAAAGAAGGUUACAAAACAACAGAAACAUCCCAGGAAAGGGCUUUCAGAAGCCAGAACCCAAAACGGAUGGGAAGCACAGAAUUCAAGAGGAAAAUGCUAAACUUAAAAAGCCCCUGGACGAAAGCCACAGGCUGCCGUCUCCCCCUGCGAAUGAACAGGACCAGCCGCUGCUCUCUGCAAAGCCACAGAUGUGUCAGCUGUGCCAGCAAGACGGCCGCCUUGCAAAGAAUAUGUGUAAGAACUGCAGAGGAACGUUCUGUGAUGCCUGCUCAACAAAUGAACUGCCUCUUCCCUCGAGUAUCAAGCCUGAGCGAGUUUGCAAUCCCUGCCAUGAGCAUCUGAUGAAACAGUAUUCCACCAGCCCAUCGUAAGACUGGAAGCCAAGGCCUGGACCAGUGUCUGUACCUGUGUUAGAUGUCAAGAUUUCCUAGAACCCAGACCUUAGAAUCAACUCCAGAAUUGAUAGCAAUGAUUUAAAUAAACCAGGUCAAGGGAGAAAAGGCAGUGAGUAGUUGGGGGUCCUGGAAAUUUUGCUCAUUUUCCCUAAUGACUAUAUGAAUAAAAGUUACUCAGUUGAGCCCCUCUCUUCUAAAUCUAAACAAUCCCACCUUGAAGGCUUAAUUCUGUAGCUUGUCUUUGGAGGGCUAUUCAUUUUUAUGAAUAGUGAUAAUAAUACUGGGGUGGAUAUAAUAGGAGAGAGAGUCCAACAGAUAAGAAAAGGAAAAUGAUUAUCUCCCUCUAUUGUGGAGAUUCAAGGGGGAAAGAUAAAUGUUACCUGAGAUCAAAAUAAUAGAUAUUAUAUAUUUUCCCUGGGUGCUGCUAGACAUAAACAUUGUUUCCUCUUCACCCCCACUAACUACCUCUUUCAAGUAUCUCUACCAAACUGUGAACCCAAACUCAGGGAAAAGAAAUUAAAGAGUAAUAUAAAUUUUGAAUGUACUUAAAACAAUAUUAUAAUUUAUUAUAGUUUCAGGACCAGAAAGGCCCUGGGCUAUAAAUGUUUUCAAUAUCCGAACAAGAGAAACACUUGACAGUUUAUCCACUUAAUGACUUCAAAAGUAAAUAUCUGCCCUCUUCAGAAUGUCCUACUGACAUUCUGGGCCAACUCCCUUCCUCAUCCUUCCCUGCUCUCCCAAGUCCUAAGGAAAAUUGUAAGAUAUUUUAAAGAUAGGGUUUGACUUUUGCAAGUAGUUAUUGAAAGCAAAGCUAAGUUGCGUGUAAAACAAAUUUGUCCAUGUCUGAGAACAAUUAGAUCAGAAUAUUUAUUAAAUUUUCUUGAAUAAGCGAUACCUUAUUCUGAGCCAAGAAUUUGAACUGGUAGACAGGUUUCUUGGAAAACGUGACACUCAAACAUCUCUUCAUAACAAACCCUUUGGGGGGAAAGAGGAAUGUGCUUUCCACAAGGGAAGGAAAGAAAUGGUAUAUGCUAUUUUGAUUAUGUUACAUGUGCCUAGAUUGUUUGAUUCCAAUUAAGACCUAAGAAGAUACGAUUCUGUAACUGGUUUAGAAUUCUGGGGUGAAAACAUCCUGGAACCAUGAUACUUGAUAAAUUCUGUCUCCUGAGAAGGGUUAUAGCCUGGGAAAGAGUUGUUAUUCAGGAAGUCUGGCUUGUUACAUGGUGAAGUUGAGCUAUAAGAGUACUAGGAAAGAAUAAAAUCUAAUAGUCUUG